GAAUAUAUGUCGUGAUCUAUUUUAUAUACGCUACCGUAUACGAGCCGAUGGAAUAACGGGAUACAUUGCUAUCUGAGUGUGAUUCGUGAUAAAUCGACAUUGUUAAGAACAACUUUAAAAUCAUUAAGGUCAAGGACAAUCGUACAAAGCAAAAUCGUCAGAAAUCAGUUAGCUUUCGUUCGGUGUGCAAAGAGCAAGGAAGUUUAACAUCAAAAGAAACGUGUCAUAAAGAACCGAGUUAACAGAAAUUAAUUAUGAUACGAACCAGAUUAUUCAUUCGUGAAGUCAAUAGUAUGGGUUUAUCAUCGAAAAUGCAAUGCCGCGCAAAAUCGAUCAGAGAUUCUCCAAAGAAAUAUAAUGAAGUAGAUAAUAUGGAUAACAAAGUGCAAUACGUGCGGCCGACUGAAGACAUUCCUGGUCCAAAAGCAUUACCUUUGCUUGGCAAUUGGUUCAGAUUCAUGCCUUACAUAGGUGAAUACCACAAUGUGAAUGUUCUGACACUAAUGCGAAUGCUGCGUGAUAAGUAUGGUAAUAUUGUCAAACUUGACAGCCUAACAAAGGAACGACCGCGUAUCUUUCUAUUCUGUCCAGAGUUAUGCAAGAAUAUGUAUCAGUUGCAAGGCAAAUGGCCAAUGCGAAUUGCCAUGGAGCCCCUGUAUUAUUAUCGCAAGAGCAGAGAAGACAUUUAUAAUGGACAGUACGGUCUUGUAUCAAGUCAGGGAGAAUUAUGGCAAGAUUUUCGAUCAAAAGUCAGUUCGCAUAUGAUGCGACCAGAAAAAGUCAAAACGCAUGUCACACAGAUCUAUGAGGUAACCAGCGAAUUCGUGGAUAAAAUGCGAGCAUUGCGAAAUCCUAAAACCUUAGAGUUGCCAAAUGACUUUUCGAAUGAAUUAUUCAAGUGGAGUUUAGAAUCGAAGUGUUCAUUCGCGUUGAAUUGUCAAUUGGGAUGCUUAAGGUCUAAUCUUGACGUCAAUUCGGAACCGCAAAUAAUGAUGAAUUGCGUAAAAGAAAUGUUCGAUCUUAUAUACCGCCUAGAAAAUCUGCCAUCUUUAUGGAAACUGUACAACACGCGGAAUCUUAAAAAGUUGUUCCGUACGUUGGAUACAAUUCAAGCAAUUUCCUGGAAACAUAUCGAGUAUGCUAAAAAAUUUAUGAAGACAGCAGAUAACACAAAUUCAAAAGAUAGUUGCUUACUGGAAAAUAUCUUACGUAUCGACAGACAAACGGCCCAUGUAAUGGCAUUGGAUACACUAGCUAGUAGCGAUACGACUGGAAAUGCAGCUGGCGCUUUGCUAUACUAUAUCGCAAAUAAUUGGGACAAACAGGAAAAAUUGCGAGAAGAAGUAAUGUCUGUGUUACCCAACAAAACAACGCCUGUUACAUAUGAUAUCCUGAAGCGUAUAUCGUAUGUUAAAGCAUGUAUCAAAGAAUCCAUGCGAUUGUUUCCUAUCACCAGUGGUAUUCAAAGAACUAUGCAGACAGAUGUUUCCAUAGGAGGAUAUAUGAUACCAGAAGGAUCAGACGUUAUGGCUUGUCACUCACUGAUAUCGAUGGAUCCCACGUAUUUUCCGCAACCAAAGAAGUUUAUUCCCGAGAGAUGGAUGCGGGGUAAUCCUGAAUUUUUAUUAUAUAAAAAAUCGCAUCCCUUUGCAUACAUGCCUUUCGGUUACGGCGUUCGCUCCUGUAUUGGACAGAGAUUCGCUGAGAUGGAGCUCGAGAUAUUACUCUUAAAAGUCAUACGAAAUUUCCGAAUUGAAUGGCAUCGUGGACCGCUCGAGCAUACAAGUCAAAUUAUAAACACGAUAAAAUCACCAUUGCAAUUGAAGCUCAUCGAUUUAUAAAUAAUUUCAAAUCUUUCGGCGUAAUUCAAUUACUAUAUUAUUUCGAUUUUAUGGAAUUCAUCUGAAUCUCGUAACAACGUGCCAAGCAACGUUUUUGUAAAAUAUUUUAAUAUAAAUUUUACUAUGAAUAUAUGUGAAAAUUGUGUGUCGAUCGUAAUUAUAUACGCGAUGUACAUGCACACAAUUAACGUACAUAUGUAUAUACAUGGCAUUAUCGUAUGAUCGAAUUUCUUUUAACUAGAACGUGUUAAAUGCAAUAUUUUUAAGUUUAAAUAUAUUUUUUAUGGCAUUCUUUA